UUUUUUCUUGAAACAAAAACAAGAAAAUCAAACAGAUUUCGAUAGUUAUUGUUGGCGGCUAUUUGGGCGCCCCUUUUCCCCUAUCUAUAAGCUAUAACUUAUUAGUUCAAAUGUGUUCUGCCAGCAGUCGCGAACAGCAGCCAUAGUCAGCAGCAACAGCAGCAGAAUUGUGAAGGUCGCGCGCCAGUUCCAAGAACACUUUUGUUUGUGUGUGGCGCGAGAGUAAGUGGGAGCGCCUCAAUUGUUAUUAACCAGAGAUAUGGCCUUCAACAUGAAAGCCCUGCUGGGCAUGCUAUUCGUGUUCAUCGGAUGCUGCAGCAAUGUGGUCUUCCUGGAGCUGAUUAUCCAGAUAGAUCCGGGGGCAGGCAAUCUGAUCACGUUCUCGCAGUUCCUGUUCAUUGCGCUGGAGGGCCUGAUAUUCACAUCGAAGUUCUUCACGGUGAAGCCGAAGAUCGCUCUCAAGGACUAUGUGAUCCUAGUGCUGCUCUUCUUCGGGGCGAACGUGUGCAACAACUAUGCCUUCAACUUCAACAUACCGAUGCCGCUGCACAUGAUCUUCCGCAGUGGUUCGCUGAUGGCCAACAUGAUCAUGGGCAUCAUACUGCUGAAGAAGCGCUACAACCUGCGGCAGUACAGCUCCGUGGCGAUGAUCACGGCGGGCAUUGUGCUCUGCACUUUGGUGUCCAGCGGCGAUGUGAAGGACAACACACACCAUACGCUGAGAGUGGACACCUCAUACUCGGACUUCUUCUGGUGGUCGGUGGGCAUUGCCCUGCUGACGAUCGCCCUGCUCGUGACCGCGUACAUGGGCAUCUACCAGGAGGUGAUCUACAAGCGCUACGGCAAGCAUCCCAGCGAGGCGCUCUUCUUCACCCACAUGCUGCCGCUGCCCGGAUUCCUCUUCAUGGCCGGCAACAUUGUGCAGCACCUGAACAUAGCCGUCGCCUCGGAGGCGGUGGCUGUCCCCGUCCUGAGCGCCCUGGGCCUCAACUGGAAGUUCCCGCUGAUGCUAUUCUACCUGCUCUGCAAUGUUGUGACGCAGUAUGUCUGCAUCAGCGCCGUCUACGUGCUGACCACCGAGUGCGCCUCACUCACCGUCACCCUGGUGGUGACGCUGCGCAAGUUUGUCUCCCUUCUGUUCUCCAUUCUGUAUUUCCGCAACCCAUUCACGGCCAACCACUGGAUCGGCACCAUUCUGGUCUUCUUCGGAACCAUACUGUUCGCCAAUGUGAUCAAUCAGCUGAAGGAUGCCUACCAGGCGAGAUCAAAGCGUCGCUUCGACACCGCGCCCCAGCCAAAGAAGGUGGACUAAGCCACCAAUCCACUGAUCCCCCAAUCAGUCUAUACACUUGUACGCAUUGGAUGCUGCUGCAGAGGCCAUUACUAGAUAUUUUUUUAGUCCUAAUGCAUUGAAUGUACAUAGAAUUUACAUAUUUUAAUAUCUGAAUACGCUUAGCUAAUAGUUGCAUCUUGAUAAAUUUGUAUAUUCCCUUGCCCCACCCUCGUUGUCACACAAUCCCAGACAGAAUGUGAAUGCCGUUUUGAAUAACUGAAUAUUUUAAAAUAAUACAAUUUUCAAAAAAUAUAUUACAACUCCUUUGAAUAUGAAGGAGACUUAUCGAGAGUACUUUCUGGAGGAUCCUGGGAUAUUUAAAUAUGUACUACAAAAACAACAUACAUUGCGCGUGCAUGACGUUGAUAAAGGGUUGUAUAUCUAAGCGUUCUUUAUCCUAAUUUCUACAUAUUUUCAUUUAUGUUUAUGUUUUUUCUAUAGAUAGUGGUUCCUUAAUCAUUGUACAACACCUUAUCCAAUCCGAUCUGUACUCUUCCAUCUUCCAUCCAUGUUCUCUUCAAAAAGCUUCUACAAUUCCAUCUUGAAACUUAUAUGCAUACAUAAUCUGUUCGUGCAGCUAUAUCUUGGGGGCGACACGUAUAAUAGUUGCUAGAUUUUAAUCAAAUAACAAGUUGGUGAAACACAAUGUUCGGGCUACUGUUUGAACAAGUGGCUAAAUGGUGACGACGGGACAGAACGAUUCGUGGGCGUGCGGUCUUGUCUGGCCUGUCUCUGGGUAGAUAAAAGUACGCGAGUGCGUUAGGAAAACAAACGUUGGGUUUAUUGCCACACAUUCUUGUAUAUAAGUAUGUAUUUGUAUAUAGGUAAUAUGUAUAUGUAUAUUCAAUGAGUUAAUACUUAUGAAAACUUGGGGGAAACGGCGUUGGUUGUUAUCUCAGGCUCUUCAUCGCACACACUAAAAUAUCGUACAUAACA